AUGACAUGCAUACGCGGUCAGGGACCGGAUCUCACAUAUUUCGGAGGAGUGGCCCCUAUCUCGACAUACAUCCGGACAGGCAAAAAGGAACAGCAGCAAUUCGUGGAAAUGCUAACAGAGCAGAGACAUGCGGCUAUGAAGAAGCAGCAGCAGCAGCAGCUGACAGUU